CUGGGAUAUGGUGAAAUAAAAAUGAACCCGAGUAAAAGAGGUUUUCAUAACUUGUCCAAAGUGGAAGAGUUGUUUCUGAAUAAUUCUAUCCUCCCAACCAACUUCUUUCAUGGCAUUGGAGCAUUGACUUCUCUUAAGGUUCUAUCACUGUACGGCUGCAGAUUCAAUGACUCCUUAACACUUGAAGUUGAUUUAGAAAAGCUGUCAAGACUUCACCAUUUGGAGGAGCUUGACCUAUGUGGAAGAAUAAACUUCAGCUACAACAUCCUAUCAUCUUUGGCAAGUCUUCCAUCUUUAAAAGCUGUAUGCCUAGGAUAUGGUGUAAUAAACAUGAACCCGAGUAAAAGAGGUUUUCAUAACUUGUCCAAAGUGGAAGAGUUGUUUCUGCAAGAUUAUAUCCUCCCAACCAACUUCUUUCAUGGCAUUGGAGCAUUGACUUCUCUCAAGGUUCUAUCACUGUAUGACUGCGGACUCAAUGACUCCUUAACACUUCGAGGCCUGUGUGAAUUGACACAUCUUGAAGAGUUGGAUGUUAGCAACAAUUAUUUAGGGGGAGCCUUGCCUUCAUAUUGUGGAGCAAUUCCAAACUUCCUCUACUCUCAACACGACCUGGAGUAUUUAGACUUCUCGCACCUUAACCUAACUGGAGAGUUUCCCAUUUGGUUGUUGGAAAACAACACAAGGUUGAAGACACUUUUGCUGGUUAACAAUUCUCUCUCUGGACCUAUUGAGUUGCCAGCUCAUUCUCAUGAGAGUUUGGAAGAUCUAGUUAUCUCCAAUAAUUUCUUGGAUGGCCUUUUUCCAAUGGAGAUCAGAGCAUCUUUGCCAAGUUUACGAAAUUUAUACAUUUCGAAAAAUUCUCUUACUGGCAGCAUUCCUCCUUCAAUUGGUGAUAUUGAGUCGCUGCAUUCUUUGGACUUAUCUCACAAUAACUUAUCUGGCAGCAUUCCUCCUUCAAUUGGUGAUAUUGAGUUGCUGCUGUUUUUGGACUUAUCUUAUAAUAACUUAUCUGGCAGCAUUCCUCCUUCAAUUGGUGAUAUGGAGUUUCUGCAGUCUUUGAACUUGUCUCACAAUAACUUAUCUGGUGGAAUACCUGAGAAGUUAACCAUGGGUUGCUCAUCAUUGAAUUUACUUAUUCUAUCAAACAACAAUUUACAAGGCCAAAUUUUCUCUGAGAAAUUUAGCUUAUUCGACUUGGACGAAUUACAGUUGAAUGGCAAUCACUUUUCUGGAAGUAUCCCAAAAAGCUUAUCUAACUGCGACUUUCUGUCUUCAAUAGAUUUCAGCAAUAACAAUCUCUCUGGUAGGAUCCCGAGCUGGAUGGGAAAUAUGUUCUACUUGGAAGAAAUUAUCAUGUCCAAUAAUGGUCUUGAAGGUCCAAUUCCUAUAGACUUUUGUCAGCUUCAAUUUCUUCUAAUUCUAGACCUUUCAAAUAACAAUCUUUCAGGGAGUCUACCGCCUUGUUUCGGCCCAGGGCAUAUACUUCAUGUUCAUUUAUCCAAAAACAGGCUAGAAGGAUCACUGAUAGCACAGUUUUGUAAGAGCUUUUCUCUAGUAACACUAGACCUUAGUGACAACCAGCUAAGUGGUAACAUCCCAGAUUGCAUCAAUAUGGUUGGUGAGUUGAGUUAUCUUAUCUUGAAGAACAAUAAUCUUGAAGGUAAGAUCCCAUUUCAACUAUGCAAGUUGCAGAAAUUGAGCUUGAUUGAUCUAUCUCGGAACCAUCUUUCAGGCCGUAUACCCUCUUGCCUAAAUCUUACUACUGAUGAGCUAUAUAAUGAGGAUGAUAGUGUUGCUCCUACUCUUGGUCCACUUCUUCCACCAACUUUCAAGAAUACACUUUCUGUUGGUGAACCAGUGCAUUUCACAACAAAGAAUAUGGCAUAUUCUUACAAGGGAAGACUUCUCACCUACAUGUCUGGAAUAGAUCUUUCCUGCAACAAACUGAUUGGUGAAAUUCCUUAUGAAAUAGGGCACCUUAGUAAGAUUCAUGUACUAAACCUGUCUCAUAAUUUCUUGGUUGGUGGAAUCCCAUCUACAUUUUCUAACCUUAAGCAAAUCGAGAGCUUGGAUCUUUCCUACAACAAUUUGAGUGGGAAAAUUCCUCCCGAGCUUGUUGAGUUAUAUUUCUUAUCUACCUUUAGCGUAGCAUACAACAACUUAUCAGGUAAGACACCAGCAAGGAUCCAACAAUUUGCAACAUUUGAUGGAAGUUGUUACCAAGGUAAUCCUCUGCUUUGUGGGGAACCAAUAAAAAGUUGUUCAACAACAAGUCCACCACCAAUGAUCCAGGAUGGUCCAACACGGGGCAGAGAAGAUGAUGGUUUCAUCGAUAUGGGUGUCUUCUAUGUGAGUUUAAUUGUGUCUUACAUAAUGGCGCUCAUAACUAUUGCUGCAGUUCUUUACAUAAAUCCUUAUUGGAGACGGGCAUGGUUUUAUUACACUGAGAGAGCGUUGUUUUCCAUCAUCCCUCUUCAGCCAAGGAAACGAAAUCAUCCAUCCGGCAAACAAAACCCAUUUCGUUUCUCAUGGCAAUUUCCUUCUGCGUUUGUGCUACUCCUCGCUGGACCAACUCAAGUAUUCCUUCAGAGAGCAUUGCCAAUUCGGAACAUAACGGAGCGGAAGAAGAGGUCCCCAGGUGUCCAGUUGCUGGUAGAUGGGUAUAUUGAUAAGCUCAGAAACUACUGUCCUCUUGAUGAUGUUCUAAUUCACUCUAACCCCAAAAAUUCAUGGUGCUUUCAUUCCCCUUUUCUAGAUGUGAAGGUCCAGGUUGAUGAUGAAGAUAUGGCUGUCAUGAACCAUAUCAGGUCUGAUGACUGGCAUGGAUUGGAUAUAGGGUAUCAGCGGUUUCCUGAAUUAGUAGGAGAUGCAGGGAGUAACGUAGGGAACUACAACUCACUAAAAGGUUGCUGACAUUGAUGUAUUAAUUUAUCUAUGGAAUUGGAUUUGUUCUUGGUAUCAAUAUUUCUCUGUUCUGUGGCAAGAAUUAUAUAUAGCAAUGAACUUGCUGCUCUGUUUCAAAUGGUUGCUGCCUUGUUAGGCCCUUAAAAAAUUCUGAGUUUUGAUAUUGUAAUGUGGAUGCAUGUUUUGUCUUAUCUUAAUAUAUCAAAGAUAAAACU